AUGCUGUUUGGAGACCUGGCAGAACUAGCAGAUAAAGCAUCCAAGUAUGAGGAACUGCUUAGGGAAGAACAGCAAAAGAAGAACUCAUCCAAAGGCACGUAUUACAAGUCACCUUCCUCUUCAAUACAUCUGGUUCAGGUAGAAUCAGAAGGGGAAGCAGAAUGCUCAGAGGAGGGAGAAGUUGCAGCAGCAGAAAUGGCAAAGUUGAAACAUCCCAUUAGCUGCAAGGCCCUUACUAAGCCACCAAAGGAUCAGAAGCCACCACCUUUCACAUGA